AUGGCUCGUUUCCAUCUCAAUAACAUUCUCUUGAUACUAGUUUCCGUAACUUUAGCAUCAUUUAGUGGCGAGAAUGUCAUUGCUGAGGCACGUAAGCUUUUAGAGACACCGGAGCUUCCAAAGACUACUAUUCCAGAGCUUCCCAUACCCACACUACCCGAGCUUCCGAAGCCCACUCUUCCUGAGAUUCCAAAGCCCGUGGUUCCGGAGUUUCCAAAGCCUACACUUCCAGAGCUUCCAAAGCCCAUCCUUCCAGAGCUUCCUAAGCCCAUUGUUCCUGAGAUUCCAAAACCCACGGUUCCGGAGGUGCCAAAGCCCGAGGUUCCUGAGAUCCCAAAGCCCACCAUUCCCGAGAUUCAAAAGCCCACAAUUCCUGAAAUUCCAAAGCCCGUAGUUCCUGAGAUUCCUAAGCCUACAUUUCCUGAGAUCCCAAAGCCCACCAUUCCCGAAAUUCAAAAGCCCACAAUUCCUGAGAUUCCAAAGCCCACACUUCCUGAACUUCCGAAGCCCACACUUCCUGAGAUUCCAAAGUCCGUAGUUCCAGAGAUACCAAAAGCUACUGUUCCAGAGAUUCCUAAGCCUACGUUCCCAGAGUUUCCAAAGCCUACAAUUCCAGAGCUACCAAAGCCCAUCAUUCCCGAGUUACCAAAAGAAUUCCCCUCUGUGCCGCACCCUUGA